CGUCGACGCGCCAAAAGUUGCAAGAUAUGGCGUCAUACUUUGAUCUCCCGCCCCAGCAUACCGCGCCGCCUGCGACUAUCCACGACCUGUCUGAGGGCCAGCGAAACCAGUUGGGCCGAACAAACAGCCUAUUGUCUCCCGCCAUAACCCAGAUCCUUGCCGGACUAGGCGAUGACCACUCGGACAGCAGCAGCAGCAGCAGUGACGACGAACCGCGAGGCGUCUGGGGGGAAAAGGAGCACGUGACCCAGCAUAUCACCAAGGAAAUGGGCGCGCGCAAAAUACACCCCGACAAGCAGCGCCACAACACUGCUCAGGCACCUAGGCCGUCGAGCCUUUCACCAAACAGGAGCCACAUGAAGUCAUCCAAGUCGCCCGCGUCACGUGCCAACGGAGACGGCUCCGCCAAACUUGCCAAUAAACAGCCACAUAUGGCGCGCUUCCAUUCUCUACGAAGCAUGCUGUUUCAACAGCGAAUCGAAGACCAGAUGAAGAAGGUCACGCAGGAAGAUGCUCGCCAGGACAUGAGUCCGGCUGAGAAGUGGAGGUGCCAGCACCAAGACCGCCAGAUGCAUCAUCCAACGACCCCUGCAAAAGAUGCGCAGGCAAAGAGUGGUCUUGGGAGCAGGCUGAAGAUGACGCUACGGAGAAUGACGACCAAGGAUGCGAGUGGAAUGGAGAAGAUUAGGGAGGACGGAGCGCCAGUGCAGUUCAACGACCGUCAAUCGACUGCUUCUGACAAGGAGGAGAAAGAGCAACACGUACCAGAAACGAGGGGCGAGCCAGACAAUGAGAGCAUCAACGACUCUGAUGUCGAUGAGCUUGUCCGAUGGGUUAGCACGCGCGAUUCGUCUAGCCACCACGGAGCGCGGAAAGAAGACACUGCAAACGACGCCAAGGAAGACAGUGGCCAUGAGAGUCUUGGGCCGUCUGAUGUCGAUGAACUCGUUCACUACGCAAGGAGAAAGUCGGACGCCAUUGCAGCCCGGAGAGCCAGCGACCAACACUCGGGAUAUGGCGACGCCUCUACUGAAUCGGAUAACGAGGUAUCAUCUGGAAAUGAAGAGGACGCCGACGACCUUGUACGCUGGAUAUCGCAUCGCGACGGACAGCAAGCUGGCCCCCAACAACGACACCUGCGGACAUCCUGGCUCGACUCGGACGUAGAAGAACACUACGAUACAGACGUUCCAGAACUAGGCCGGUGGUUUACGCGUUACGACGGCACGAGCGGUGAAUCUCGCGCCACAUCGCCCGUCCAAUCUACAUUUGACGAGCAAAUCCAAGACGAAGAGGAAAACAGAGGCCGUCCACGAAGCCGCGACUUGCCCGAGCCAGGCAUCAAGGAAAAGACGCAUCUCACCCACGACGACAUUGAGGACCUCGUUCGCUGGGUAAGCCGCAAAGACGUCAAACUGAACGGCAGUUCUACUCCAGAACUGCAAGACAGCGCCGAGACUCUGGAUAUCUCUGACGAAGACGAAAAGAAAGAAGCAGUCGGCAUGACGCUGGACCAAGGCAGCCUCUCCCACAGCGACGUGCAAGAGCUGCUCGAGCAUAUACAGGGGAGAAGCAGAUCCGCAACCGAAAACGAAACAGGCGACCUCAACAACCACACUCUACACCGCGCUAAACUCACCACCACACCCCGCAACCCGCAGCAAGAACUAGCCCAGAAACGAGACGACCUCAGAAAGCGCGAGAAGGAACUCGAUAUCAACAUGCAAGACUCCAGUCUAAGCAACGCCGAUAUCGAAGACCUUGUUGCGCAUCUGAGGAGUUGAGAUGUCACUCUGCCAAUCUAGUCUGUGGAAAGACAUACAGACAGAGAGAGUGAGAAGCAAGCAGACAGACAGAUAGGUAGGUAGGUACGUACGUACGUACGUACGUAGUCAGCCCCCUCAUCCGGACUCGGAGUAAAAAUAACUCCGAUCACCACAUUCACAUCCACAUCCUUUCUCUUUUUUAUCUUUUUUUUUAGUGGGGCGCUAGGCGCGGAAGAUGCAAGAUGCAAGAUGCAUCCUCAUCCUAUAUCCUACAUGCAUCUUACAUAUAUCCUGCAUCCGGCAUCCAUAUGCAUCUACAUACAUACAUACAUACAUACACAUAUGUACAUGGCAGGGGCGUUAGUCGUACUAGGGCGUGGUAUAUGCGCAUACAUGUAAUUACCCCCCGUCUUGAGCGUUCAGUCACCGAAAGUAU